AGUUUAUUACUUGAAACGGGAUGGAGAUGUUCUCAUCUCCCCGUCCUUCAAGUGGACGUACUUCAGCUCGAUCUAGAGUUAUCAAUGUCAAGUCAAUGGAAAAACUAGAGAAAGAAAAACCAGAAAUAGCCAAGCCCGAAACAACACCCCUUCCUCCACCGUAUGAUAAACCUAAACCUUCAUUUAAAGAAAAGAUAGUAGACUUUACACAAGAUACAACUUUCCAUGGAGUUAAGAACAUUACGGGGAAAGGAACCAUCUUUAAGAAGUUAAUAUGGCUUGUAAUUGUGUUGAGUGCAUUUGGAGGAUUUACUUGGAUUGUGGUUACAAGAAGUAGUCACUUAAAUACACACCCGAAAUCUGUGAAUAUGGAUAUAGUCUAUUCGAAUAAUUUACAGUUUCCAUCUGUAACAAUAUGCAAUCAAAACUUCUUUAGGACAACUGCAACAUAUGAAAUGGGAUUGUAUGAUAAAGUUAAUAAAAAAUUCUCUGCAACGGAUAAAAGUUCUUCUACUGUAAGAAGCCUUGACCAGUGUUCGGAUAGUCUUGUAAAAUAUCAGAAUAAAUUCAUGUCUGGUUUAGAAUUUUUCUAUCAGAAUUUCUCAGGUGUUACAGAGGCAGUUUGUGAACAAAUCUGUUUAAACUUUCUAGAUAAUACUUGUAACGCUGUCGCUUAUAAUAAGGUAGCGAAAACUUGCCAUCCUACAUCGAUUACACCUGAGAGUAGUUCCGAAGCGAAAUUAAUUGACACGAAUGUUAUGAAUAUGUUUGUCAGGAAGCGUUGCAAUGGACAAUAUCGUCCAAUUACAUGCGAUUUUGAAAACGAUCUAUGCUCCUUUUCUCAAAGUGAUUCUCUAAUGCCAUGGAUAAGGAACAGCGGCCCAACUGGAACUCUCUCAACAGGACCUCCAAAUGAUCACACCAGCGGACAUGGAAAUUAUAUCUACAUCGAGGCUACGAAUAGGAAUAAGGGAGAGUUCGCCAGAUUAACAUCUCCCUUUAUCCAAGCCGAGGAUGAAAUUUGUCUUGAAUUUUACUAUAAUAUGUUUGGAAAAGACUCUGGAGUUUUUUCAGUUCUAAGGAAAAAGCCAGAUUCUAACGAAACUAUAUUGUGGAGUAGAACUACACCAGCAACUACUGAUCUUUGGAAUAGGGGUUUCCUUAGAUUAGAAAGCGGUCUCUUUUCAAUAGUCUUUGAAGCAAUAAUAGGUUCAGGAGCCUUGGGAGAUAUAGCUAUUGAUGACGUUACUAUAGCACCUUGCCACCGAAUUCUGAAGAAUUGUAAAGCAAGUACUAUAGGUACCGACUAUCAAGGCAAUACAACAAUUUCUGAAACAGGCAAGACAUGCCUGACGUGGAAGAAAGCUUAUUAUUAUUUAUAUCAAAAAUCACAAGAUUCUUUGUUGGUUUUCCCUGAUAAAGAUUUGGAGAGUGCCGGAAACAUGUGCAGAAAUCCUGAUAGUAAGGCAACUGGACCUUGGUGUUACGUAUCAUUAAAUGGAACAUGGGAAAACUGCAUUGUAGAUUAUUGCCCAUGUAAUAAAGGCCAGUUUACCUGUAAUAAUAAAGUUUGUAUUAGUACAACUCUUAAAUGUAAUGGAGUAGACAAUUGCGGUGACAACUCUGACGAAAUCAACAAUUGCGAUGUUUCUAUUGAUUGUGACUUUGAAAAAGAUGGUUCCUGCGGUUUCAAAUCAGUUAAAAAGACACAGGGACAAUUAAUGUGGCAGAGAUAUAAAGGAGCCACUAAAACAACAAAAAUAGGCACAAACGAAUUAAGGGUGGAUCAUACGACAUCUUCUACAGCAGGAUAUUACAUGCUCUUUGAUUCAUUUAAUUCGAUGGCACAAACAGGCCAAAAAGCAAAUUUGGAGACUCCUUUCUAUGCUAAAGGGAAUACAACUUCCUGUUUAACUUUUUAUUUAUUUCAAUAUACAAGAAAAGAUCAGUCAGCAGAAAAAGAAUAUCCAAUCUACACAUUCACAUUUUCAGAAAUUGACUCAAUGGGAAGUCUGUCCAUUAUUCAAUAUUUUAGUGAAUUUGAAAAGAAAACAUUAUGGAGGUAUCAAGGUACACAAGACGACGAAUGGCUUAAAAAACAAAUUAGAAUUAAAGCAACUUCAAAGCCAUACAAAAUUAUAUUUCAAGCAGAAAUGAAUUUCCAAAUGAAAUCUGACAUUGCUAUUGAUGACGUCAGCAUUAAGAGUGAUGAAUGCUUAGAAGCAAGCAACUACUAUAUAAAACCGGCUAAUGCUUCCUAUAACGCACAGAAUUAUACUUGUGAUAACGGAAAAGAAAUCAGUAGAAGUGCUUUGUGUAAUGGUGUGAAUGAUUGCUUUGACAAUUCUGAUGAAAUAGUUUCAUGCCAAGCGAAUAUUUCUUUUGAGUGCACAUUUUCAAAGGAUCCUUCAUUUUUAUGCGGCUACCAGAGGGAGUCAGAGUCGAAUGCAUUUUGGAAUGUUUCAUCUAUAUAUACUGAUAAUGGUGGGGUCUCUGUAUUGAACUUCCAAGCAAAUUUAAAUGCCCAACUAUUAUCAUCUAUAACAUCUCCGAAUGUAGUUCUCCCGAAUGAUGUUUGCGUUGUCAUUGACAUUGCCUUUAUUGAAGAAGUCUAUGGAUAUUUUAGCAUCAAUCAACAAUUUGAGAAUAGUAAGAGAGAGAUUUUUUCAUUGAAUAUCCCAGAAAAUCAACGAGAAUGGCCCCUACUUUCGAAAAAGUUUCAACCUUUAUACUAUGAUAUGUUAAAAGGAUCAUCACAUCUGACAAUUAGUUAUAGACCAUUGAAAAUGAAUUCAUUUUAUUAUCCUUAUGGUGUAAUUGGAAUAAAGUCAAUAAGUCUCUUAAAUACAACAUGUGAAAAUCGUCCAGAACUUAAAGAUUUUUCGUCUUUCUCGUGCCAAUUUUCUGAUUCUAAGGCCUGCGGCUAUAUUGAUAAAUCAAAAGCACCUGAUUAUUGGCUUUAUUCAGUAUCAGGUUGGCAAAAGUAUGAUUCAUACCCAAUGAAAACAACACCCGGAAAAGUAUCUUCUAAUGAACAUAAAUUCACAUUAGUUUCUCCUUCAGUUUUAGUUCAGGAUAUUGGCUGUUUUAUCAUAAAAUAUUUACCCUUAAAUGCUAAGCUGUUUAAAUUAAAAGCUGAUCUUUAUUUCUGGAAGUCUGAUAAAACUAUUUCUCUCAUCGACAUCUCUUCUAAUUUAGCUUUAAAGUUUUCUGAAACCACGCAGGUAAUUAUGGGACAAUUGACAGAAAAAAUGAAUGAAACAGGAAAGUUAUCAAUAUCCGUCUCAUAUACUCACGACAAGUUUUCAUUCAUGCUUCAAUCAAUAAGUUUUGAAAAUGGAACUUGUCCAAAUAUAACAAACUAUUGUUCAAGUACAAAUUAUUAUAUAUGUGAGACAGACAAACUUUGUAUAGGUACCGAAAGUGUGUGCAAUGGUGAAUAUAACUGCCCUGACCAAUCUGAUGAGAAUAAUUGUACGGAGUGUUACAAAACUGUUAAUAAUGGUGAGGGUGUAAACAUUGGUCCACCACCAACUCAACCACCUCAUCCAGACGAAGAAGAAAACAUGGACCACCCAACUCCACCUGGUCCACCCCCAAAGAGACGUAAGAGAGAAGCCCCAGGACCUCCUGGAGGUGGAGGUGGACCAGCUCAAACAACAGCUGCUCCUGGAGGUGGGGGUGGACCAGCUCAAACAACAGCUGCUCCUGGAGGUGGAGGUGGACCAGCUCAAACAACAGCUGCUCCUGGAGGUGGAGGUGGACCAGCUCAAACAACAGCUGCUCCUGGAGGUGGAGGUGGACCAGCUCAAACAAUAGCUGCUCCUGGAGGUGGGGGUGGACCAGCUCAAACAACAGCUGCUCCUGGAGGUGGAGGUGGACCAGCUCAAACAACAGCUGCUCCUGGAGGUGGGGGUGGACCAGCUCAAACAACAAUUGCUCCUGGAGGUGGGGGUGGACCAGCUCAAACAACAGCUGCUCCUGGAAGUGGGGGUGGACCAGCUCAAACAACAGCUGCUCCUGGAAGUGGAAGUGGAAGUGGAGAUGAUGAAAAACCUAUUGUUCCUGAAGAAAGUGGAUUUGGAGAGAGCGGAGAUAAGCAAGAUCCAACUCCACGUCCACCUGAAGAUAAGUGCAAAAAUUUGAAAAAGACAUCAAGUUCUAGUAGUACGUCUACAGAAACAGUCAGUCAAAUACCCACAAGUGGAAUAAUUUUCCUAGCAUCUUCCGGAGAAACAGAUGCUCUACACCAGGUUAAAACUGGAAUUGUUUUAACUCUAGGGCAUUUCCUAAAUCAAAGUGUUAAAGCUUCUGAACUCUUUGGAAAAGAAAUUAUGGCCAAUGUUAAUAAGUUGAAUAUAACGGAGUUAGACACAUUUCGAUCAGAAUCAGCACAUCAAGUAAACGACAUAAUAUAUAGAUGUUCAUGGGAAGGAACAGCUUGUUCUCAUUUAAAUUUUACUACAAAUCACACAGACUAUGGUGUUUGUUUUACAUUUAAUAGUCCACCAUUAAAAGAUGACGUUUUAACAACAACAAAAACUGGCUCCAGCUCUGGUUUAUCAUUAAUUUUAAAUAUAGAAGAGUAUGAGUACAUGAAUGGCCCAAAAAGUGACGCCGGAGUUAAAGUGUUUCUUAGUAAAUACAGAGAUGUUCCGUUUAUAAGAGAUUUAGGAUUUGCAGCAGCAGCAGGAGUACACUCGUUAGUUUCAGUUAAGUUCAGCGAAGCUGCUGGAUUAAAAAGCCCAUGGGGUAAUUGUGGCGCAAAACCGUUGAAAUAUUAUCCAGAAUAUACAUAUUCAUCUUGCGAAAGAGAAUGUGAAACGGAUGCUGUGGAAAAACUUUGCGGCUGUAGAGAUUCGUUUAUGCCCGCAACAGCCCAAAAUGAACCGCAAAUGUGCAACGUCAGUAACUAUUUCGAUUGUAUUAUAGGCGUAGAAGAUCAAUUACUUGGUGCUGGAAAGAAUUUAUCUUGUAUUUGCUCCGAACCAUGUGAAAGAUCGGCUUACGAACCAUCUCUUUCUUAUGCAUCAUUGUCAAGUUUAAGUGUAGAGAAAGUCUUGAAUUCGGAUACAACUGACCUAUAUAAUAAAUACAAGACUGCUAGAGAGAUAAAUCAAAAAGUGGAUUCAAAGACAUACCUAAAAAAUCUUAAUUUACUGCACAAUCUAAAUACAGGUUUAGGUAAAUUGCGAAAAUUUGUUGAAGAUAAUACGAAAAAUCCCAAAAAAUCCAUUUUUAUAAAGGUCCUUUCUGCAAAAAAAUAUAUGGUUGAUCAGUUUAUUGCUGAUAUUAAUAGAGUCUUCGAUGAUUUUAGUGAUUUUGUUAAAUAUUAUAAACAAGCCUAUGAUUCUGCAAAAUUAAACUUUCAGAAAACUUACGAUGAGACUGCUGGAGUGAUAUCCAGAAUAUAUCAGAUUGUUAUAGAUACUCAUAGACGACACGAAAUUUCACCAGAAGAAAUGAGUUCUGCCAAUGAGUUGCUAUAUAAACAUAGGGAUGCUGUACAUUUGUACAGAAAUUACGUUGAAAAUCGGGCGUCUCCUUUUAUAAAACAACCGAUAAAGGAAUAUCUACCAAAAAAGAUAGAACUUACAGACGCAGAGAGAAAAAAAUGCACUCAAGUUAAAGAUUCAUACUAUGAAAAAGGAGGAGAGGUAUUCCAUGAUGUAGAUUCACUUAAAGAUCAUUCAGUAUACUUUGAUCCUCAAAAGAUUGAGAAUUUUCAAAUUUUUAUAGAUGGAUUUGAUGCAGUUAAAACUUGUUUAAAUACAUACCUAAACAAAUGGACUGAACUUUUUAGCUGGAAAGUCAAAAUAUUGGAUGAAGCUACUAAAAGAUCACAGAACACUUCUUCUGCUAUUGAAAAUUUUGAUUUUUAUAACGAAUGGGAAACGUUAGGAAAACUAGCGACCACCACUAAGAUGCUGUAUGAAGGAUAUAGAUCAGGAAAUAUUUCAAAAUUGAAUAUAUCCGAGACUCUUACUGAUACAGAUAUAGACUUUUAUCUUGCCGAUUUGUUAUCUUUCAGAAGCAAAAUUCAAACAAGACUCAGUGAAUCAACUUUUAGUGACGUUGGUUUAGCUUCCGCAACAAUCAAGAAUGGAUACACAGGCCUCGUGUCUAAAAUAGCUGGCUUGUGGGAUCAUUUUGAAGGAAAAGCACAAACUUCUCUGAAGAAUACUCUUCAAAAUAUGACUUUUUGGUUAAGACUGGUUGGAAACGUUGAAGAAGCUAAGGAACCUUAUCAACUUCACUCUACUUUAUCUUUACCUGAUAAUAUAAAGAUGUUUUCUGAAGAUAUGGCAAAAAGUAUCAUUGAAGAAACAGCAGAUAUUUAUCUUAAUCCUCUAAAUGAUGCCUUAGUCGAAUUUAAUGAGCAACUCUUAAAUCUAAAAAUUGAUGUAGAAGUACCAUUAAAAAAAGCAAAAAUAGAAUUUUCUACAUACAGGAAUCUCAUGUUGCUAAAUGAAAAUUUUGUGCAGAAAAAUUUCUUAAUAAUGGACGUUUUCUUUGCCCAAUUAAAAUAUGAAAGGGUUGAACAAAUAAAGGCCUAUAACUAUGGAAAUUUCUUUAGUGAGGUUGGUGGCUUUAUGGGUUUGCUACUUGGAGGAUCAGUGAUAAGCGUUAUGGAGAUCUUUGACUUUUUACUUGGUUCGAUAAUGAAAAGAUUAAUUCAUAGAGGUAAAGUUUCUUCAUCAAAUUCAAAUUACAUACCAAAUGAAAAGGAACCAUAAUUGAUUCUCACGCACUCUCAACCAAUAGACAAAAACAAGCAAAACAACUCCUUCUGGAAUUUAUCUCAUCAGUCUGUUGCCAUUUUAUUAAUAUAAAUAUUAAUUAAUUUAUUUAUUUAUUUAUUAUUUUUUGUGUCUUUUUGCACGAUUGUUGUUAUACUUGAAAAAUCUCACCAUGCGUUUUGCUGAAUACAGUAUUUCUAUAAAUUGUA